CGGAAUAUAAAAUUAAAAGGACAAAGUAGAAUUUAGAAAUAAACGCCGACCGAUCGGAUAUAUAUGUCGAAGAACAAGCGGGACAUAAAGUACGCCACCGCGCAGGCAAGGCUGUCGGAGGACGAUGCCGUUCGAGUCGGCUACAUAGGCGGCCAGCCGCUCGAAGGCGGCAAGAUCGCCGACUCGCAGCCCGUGGAGCUCUUCUCCAGUGCUCACAACGUCGAGAAACAGUGCCGCCGAGAAUCCGGCGAGGAUGGACGCCGUCCGGAAGCUUUGCCGUCGUCGGAUAAUAAGGGGGGCCAUCAGGCUGAUGACGAUCAAGAACGUAACGGCGGCCACAAGAUCAGUUGAUAUAAUCGUUGAGAAUAUAUAUAUUAACUCGGUGUACCGGAAGUGAUGAGAUAGAUUGUAUCUGCUUUUAAUUUGGGGUUUUACGGUCUAGUUUCACUUUUCAUAAUCAAAUAAGAUGAUAUUG